GUUUCGUCACCACCCCAGGCUUUAUUUCCGUUGAGGGAGCAGAGGAAAUUUCAUCCGAGCGCAGGUGGACGUGAUGUGGAAGAUGUUGCCUCCGUUGCAGCAGCUGCUGCUACUGCUGCUGCUUGGACCGCUACCGCCUUGCGACGCCGACGGAGUCCCGCUCACUCAGUGGUGCACGCCACCCGCAGAUGGUACCAUCCACAAAUACCAGGCGAUCCCGUUGAAUGGCAGUCAUGCUUUAAACUUCAGCCGAUUUAUCGGGAAAACCGUUCUCUUCGUUAACGUGGCCACAUACUGAGGUUACACCUUUCAGUACCCAGAGUUGAAUGCACUACAAGAAGAGAUGAACAUCCACGGUCUCACUAUUCUCGGCUUUCCUUGCAAUCAGUUUGGGAAACAAGAACCGGGGAACAAACAUGAAAUCUUGCCUGCUUUGAAGCAUGUCAGACCCGGUAACAACUUUGUUCCCAACUUUAUGCUGUUUGAGAAAGGUGAUGUGAACGGGAAGGAUGAACAAGAGGUCUAUACCUUCCUCAAGAGUUCCUGUCCCCCGGUCUCAGACACCUUUGGUAACCCGACCAACAGACUAUUCUGGGAACCACUAAAAGUCAAUGACAUCAAGUGGAACUUUGAGAAGUUCCUGGUGGGCCCAGAUGGAAAACCUGUGAUGAGAUGGCACCCGUCUGUCAAUGUUUCCAAGGUGCGAGCUGAUAUUCACAAAUACCUGCUCCAACGUUACACAGAAGAGGUUUUCAACUAGAUCGUCAUAGUUUCCACAUGUAAUCAAGUGGGAUGCUUUAUCGAGCUGUAAAUCUAGCGGAUUUUUAAUUCAUGAAGGUAGCAUGUUAAAUGAAGAAGAGGUUUGAAAACAGGAAUUCUGUGGAGCCUCUUUGGAGUCUUGAGAUUCAUGACAGCUUUUCAGUGCAUUCAAGCUGUCCUGCGAACUCACAGCAUCAUGUUAUCUUUGCAAAGCAAAUCCUGCUGGCAUUUACUGUGUCAACUACUUUAAAUAAACUGAUGACAAUUGCA